GUCCACCUUGAGGGUUUGUAGCUAUCUGGGUCUGAGAUGGGCCAUCAAUUUGGAGAGCCCUGCUAGGUAGGUAUGUGGCUCUGUAGAGGGCCAGUCUCAGGACUUCCUGAGCCGUGUGUGUGUGUGUGUGUGUGUGUGUGUGUGUGUGUGUGUGUGUGUGUGUAUCUCCACCACUUGUCACUGGGGGAGCAGCCUGCCUCAGCUGCCUGAGCUCUGGGCACAGCUUGCAUCCCUGUCCCAAGGCCUAUCCCCUGGUGGGAAGGGUGGAGUGCCCUGGUUCAGGGCCUGCAGUGUAUACCAGCACUCCUUAGGAAAUGGGCUAUCUGCCCUGGGGUUGUUGGGAGUGCAAGAUGGCACCUGCUGGCUGGUCCCCAUUUAAGCUUGCUUCUAGGAAGCACUGAGGCCACUACCAAGACCCCUCCCAGGAGAGGUUAGACUGUUAGCUUUAUGGAACUCCCUUUGGUGAGUCUGAUCCCUCACCAAAGGGAGUUCCAUAAAGCACAUGGGAGCAGGACCCUGGUGAGCCCUAAAGGGUCGCUUCCUACAUGGCUAAGGGUGGAUGGGAACCUGAUGGAGUGUAGUCCUAGAGGGGGCAGUGAGGCUGCCGCAGACUUCCCAGGAAGCAGAUGUCCAUGUCGUGGGCCUGUGCUGUUUAUCCCAGAUGCCUACUCUCACCCUAGGCACCAGCCUGACUAGUAGAUCCCUCAAGGCCAUUUCUUGAGUUCCUAAUAAUAGAUUGGCAUUCUGAGCAGCCACUGGACAGCCCUUCAUCACACCCAUUCAACUGUGUUGUCACCCCCAGCCCCAACUAACCUAUGCUGGCAGGGCCCAGGUGCUGCCCAGCAGGAAGAAAAACCACCUGAAGAUGGCUUGGUAGGAUUGGCUUGAGAAUGAAGAGGGGCAGCUGGAAGGAGGACUGGGCCUGCCCUGUUCCAACCAGCUGGCAGGAGGGUUGAGGGUCCAUGGGAGCUUUUCCUGCAGGCCCUUGGGGUUACCCUACCCCCAUUGGUGGGAUAGAGGAAGAGGGGUCCCUGGCAUGUGACCCCAGAGCUCACCUGACCAGUAAGGUCUGAAGGGCACUGUAGGAGCUUUGAGGGAUCUCUGGGCAGGUCUGGGGAUGAAAAGGCACAGGACUCCCCACAUGAAGUCACAUUGCUGUGAGCCAGAAGUGCUUGAGGUUGUUGGGCCAUCUCUGCAGUCCCUGCUGAAGGCCUGGGGCUAUUGGGCUGUCAUGGAGACAUGGGUGCUAUUAGUGAGGUAUCAGGGAAGCAGGCUGUCCUUCUGUAGUGGGCCAGUCACUGGCCAGGCAGCUGGGGGCUGGGUGUGACUCCCAAACCUCUCCUGGGGGAGGACAGCUAUGGUUGAGCAGCCUACCCCAGCCCCCAAGAUCUUGGCGACCCCAUAAUGGCUGUGACUACAGAUAUUAACCUCCCCCUGACUCCACAGAGUAUCUUCAGGGACCUGGCCCAGGAUGGAUAGACUGAGUUCUUGUGGGGGAUGGGGGUCCACUUACAUACUGGUCACAGGCCGGCUUGCAAGGGAACUGUGAGCCAUUGAGAGGUACUAGGAGGGCUUCACUGGGGGCAGUGUUCACCGGACCUGUGCAGAGUGGAGUGUUCUGGGGCACACAGGGAGGAGGGAAGGGAGUCGAGGCUGGGUGGUCUCUUCCCUGAUGGCAGCUUGAGAGCUGUUCCAGCCUCUGCCCUUCAGAUAAGCUGCCAGAGAGCCCUAACACCCAGCACCCAGUAGUUCAGUGCCCAGGGCUGCAUGUGGUGGCCUCACCUGUGAGCUCCUCUUCAGGGGAUGAGGAGUAAGGUGCUUGGCACUUGCUAUCCCUGGUAGUUUCCCUGAAUGUACACUGGGGUCCUUUGUGCUGGCACCACUGUCUCUUUGGAUAUGCCCCAGGCAUCAGCACAGAGGAGGGUGGGGACUGGUGGUGGCAGGGCUUGAAUAUGGGGGGCGGGGCCUUUCAUAAGCCCUGUCCUAACUGUGGCCACAGCAGGACCAGAAUGGAUCAGAAGGCCCUGGGGAGUGAGGGACGCCGUGCUUGGAGCAGGAGGAGGCUGUGCACCAUGAGCCCCCGAGCCCACCUCCACAUCUGCCUCUGGCUGUGGCUGGGUACCACCUUGGCACAUGGGCUGGGACAAGUGAGCGGCCACCUAAGGCUAACUGUGCUGCCUGAGGACCGGCUGCAAAUGAAGUGGAGAGAGUCAGUGGGGAGUGGCCUGGGCUACCUGGUGCAGGUGAAGCCCAUGGCAGGGGACUCGGAGCAGGAAGUGAUGUUAACUACCAAGAUCCCCAAGGCCACUGUGGGGGGCCUGAGCCCCACCAAGGGCUACACCUUGCAGAUCUUCAAGCUCACUGGCUCUGGGCCUGUCCUGCUGGUACGGAGGGAGUUUGUGAUUGAAGACCUGAAGAGUAACUCCCUGGGCAAGAGCAGCCAGAGGCCACCAGGGGCAGCUCUGGAGCCCACCCCUUCCCACAGGGGAGCCCCAGAUCCUGAGCAGGCCUCUGAUUCCAGAGUCACCUUCACCCCAAGCCAAGACCCUCCCAUUCUCGCUGGCCCUGAGUUCCGCUGCACUCCCCCCACACCCACUGACAUGGUCUUCCUGGUGGACGGGUCCUGGAGUAUUGGCCGUGGCCACUUCCAGCAUGUCAAGAACUUCCUGGCCAGUGUCAUUUCACCCUUUGAGAUUGGGCCCGAUAAAGUCCAAGUAGGCCUGACUCAAUACAGUGGAGACCCCCAGACCGAGUGGGACCUGAACUCCUUCCGCAGCCGUGGGGAGGUGCUGGCAGCUGUGCGCGGCCUCCGCUACAAGGGAGGGAACACGUUCACAGGCCUUGCCCUGACCCAUGUGCUGGGGCAGAACCUGAAACCUUCAGCUGGUCUCCGUCCAGAGGCAGCCAAAGUGGUGAUUCUGGUGACGGAUGGCAAGUCCCAGGAUGAUGUGCACACUGCUGCCCGCGUCCUCAAGGACCUGGACGUUGACGUCUUCGCUGUGGGUGUGAAGAAUGCUGAUGAGGCAGAACUGAAGGUCCUGGCAUCCCAGCCCCUGGACAUCACUGUGCACAAUGUGCUGGACUUCCCCCAGCUGGCCACCCUAGCUGGCCUGCUCAGCCGCCUCAUUUGCCAGAAGGUGCAAGGCAGGAGCCUGAGCAGGGCCUCAGAAGAUGCUCCGGCCCUGGAACCCCUCCCGGGGCCCAGCAGCCUGGUCCUGACCCAGAUCACCUCCUCCAGCGUCCACGUGUCCUGGACUCCAGCCCCCCAGCUGCCCCUUGAGUAUCUGAUCGUGUGGCAGUCAUCCAGGGGUGGCACCCCCCAAGAGCUGGUGAUUGGAGGGCCCGCCUCAUCUGUGCAGCUUUGCAACCUGACCUCCAGCUCCGAGUACCUGGUCUCUGUGCUCCCUGUCUACAAGGACAGGGUUGGCAAGGGCCUGCAGGGUCUGGUGACUACAGCACCCCUGCCUCCACCGCGGGCACUGACCCUGGUGACAGCAACACCCAGGAUGCUCCACCUGGCCUGGCAGUCCUCUGCCGGGGCCACCCACUACCUGGUUCGAUGCUUAUCAGCCUCCCCAGGGGGCAAGGAGGAAGAGAAGGAGGUGCAGGUAGGGCGGCCUGAGGUGCUGUUGGACGGCCUGGAACCAGGCAGGGACUACCAGAUCUUGGUGCAGAGCCUGCGAGGGCCAGAGGCCAGUGAGGCCCGGAGCAUCCACAUCAGGACCCCUGCCCUGGCCCACCCAAGGCACCUGGGCUUCUCAGACGUGAGCCACGACUCAGCCCGUGUGUCCUGGGAGGGCACCCAGAGGCCCCUGCGCCUGGUCAGGGUCAGCUACAUCUCCAGUGAUGGUGGUCACUCAGGGCAGACAGAGACUCCUGGGAAUGCUACGUGGGCUGCUCUGGGACCCCUCUUCUCCUCCACCACCUACACUGUUCGUGUCACCUGCCUCUACCUUGGGGGAGGCUCCUCCACGCUGACUGGCCGUGUGACCACAGGGAAAGCCCCCAGCCCAAGCCAGCUGUCGGUGACAGAGCUGCCAGGGGAUGCAGUCAGGCUGGUGUGGGCAGCGGCAGCCUCAUCGGGCGUACUGGUCUACCAGAUCAAGUGGACACCCCUGGGAGAGGGACAGGCCCAUGAGAUCUCUGUCCCAGGAACCCUGAGCACAGCCGUCCUGCCUGACCUGGGGAAGCACACAGAGUACGAGAUCACCAUCCUGGCCUACUACAGGGACGGGGCCCACAGUGACCCUGUGUCCCUCCGCUACUCCCCCUCUGCAGCAAGCAGAAGUCCCCCCUCCAGCCUGGCUCUGUCCUCGGAGACUCCCAACAGCCUUCAGGUCAGCUGGACACCCCCAAGUGGCCAUGUUCUCCACUACCGGCUCACCUACACGCCUGCCACAGGCUCCGGACCUGAGCAAUCAAUCUCUGUGCCAGGGCCCAGGAGCCACACCGUGCUCUCUGACUUGCUAGCUGCCACCAAGUACAAGGUCCUGGUCUCAGCUGUCUACGGAGCAGGGGAGAGUGUGGCAGUGUCUGCCAUGGGCUGGACAGCAGCCUGCCCCACCCUCCACCCGGACAGCUCCCUCCCAGGAUUUGACUUGAUGGCAGCCUUCGGCCUGGUGGAGAAGGAGCACGCCUCUAUUCGAGGUGUGGCCAUGGAACCCUCAGCCUUGGGCCUGACCCCGACCUUCACACUCUUCAAGGAUGCCCAGCUGACACGGCGGACUAGCGACAUCCACCCCGUGGCCCUGCCGCCUGAGCACACCGUUGUCUUCCUGGUGCGCCUGCUCCCUGAGACGCCCCGCGAAGCCUUUGCGCUGUGGCAGAUGACGGCUGAGGACUUCCGGCCCAUCCUCGGGGUUCUUCUGGAUGCUGGCAGAAGGUCGCUGACCUACUUCAACCAUGACCCCAGAGCUGCCUUGCAGGUGGCCACUUUCGACCUGCAGGAGGUGAAGAAGGUCUUCUUCGGGAGCUACCACAAGGUGCAUGUGGCCGUGGGACACUCCAAGGUCAGACUGUAUGUGGACUGCCAGAAGGUGGCUGAGAGGCCCAUCGGAGAGGCUAGCUCACCCACCUCUGGCUUUGUCAUGCUGGGGAGGCUGGCCAAGGCCAGGGGUCCCCGGAGCAGCUCAGCUACGUUCCAGCUUCAGAUGCUGCAGAUUGUGUGUAGUGACACCUGGGCAGAUGAGGACAGGUGCUGUGAGCUUCCUGCAUUGAGGGACCGAGAGACAUGCCCUGCCUUCCCUUCUGCCUGCACCUGCUCUUCAGAGACCCCCGGGCCCCCGGGGCCUCAAGGCCCUCCAGGCCUCCCUGGGAGGAAUGGCACCCCAGGAGGACAGGGCCUCCCCGGGCCCAGGGGAGAGCCAGGGCCACCCGGACAGACAGGACCUGAGGGCCCUGGAGGUCAGCAGGGGUCACCAGGGACCCAGGGCCGCACAGUCCAGGGACCUGUGGGUCCACCAGGGUCAAAAGGAGAGAAGGGAGACCAGGGACUCCCAGGCUUACAGGGCUACCCUGGCCAGCCAGGCACCCCUGGGAGAGUUGGCCUCCAGGGACCAAAGGGAAUGAGAGGACUAGAGGGACCUGCUGGCCAGCCUGGCCCCCCUGGCCCCAGGGGCUUCCAGGGCUUGGUAGGGGCCAGGGGCACCAACGGGGAACGAGGGCCUCCAGGAGCCGUGGGGCCUACCGGGUUGCCCGGGCCCAAAGGGGAGCCAGGAGAGAAGGGCGAGCCUCAGUCCCUGGCCACCAUCUUCCAGCUGGUGAGCCAGGCCUGUGAGUCGGCCAUCCAGGCACAUGUGCUGAGACUGCAGUCCUCCUUCCAUGGAAGCACCAGGCCCCCGAUGCCCAUCUUGGUGGAGGCCGUGAAGCCAGGAGGGCAUGGCCCCCCAGGGUCACCCAACACGCUCAGCAAAGCCCUGCUUCCUGGAGAACAGGGGCGUGGGGGACACCACACUGAGGGCCGAGGUACUAGGUUCCCAGCCCUGAGGUGA